GACCCAAUGAAAAUCAUGUCAACAUCCAGCGGGGUCAGUGAUUCUGAGGACAGUUGUAAGGACCAAUAUGAACCGAUACGAAAACUCGCAAUGGUACAACUUCAACCUCCUAGAAAUCCAAACAAACCUUUCACGUCUUUUGCAAUCAAAGAUAUUCUAGGGUCUAGUAACAAUAAUAAUAAUAAUACUAAUAGUAAUGUGCAGCAUAGAAAUUUACAUUUUAACAAUGCAAUAAAUUCGAGGAUUGUGAGACCUUGGGAUAAUAGAUCUAGUCCGGGGAGAGAUUCCGAACUGUCGUCAGAUGCUGAAGAAGAGGAAAUCAACGUUGAUGACGAUGAUCAUAUCCCAAGUUUGAAAACUGUUUCUCCUCUUGACGCUCUGAUGGAGAUGGCAAAUAAGACAUUUGAAGGAUUAGAAACAGCAGAUGCUGCAGACGCCAAAAGACGUGAACAAGCCGCAUUGUUUGGGAAACACCAACCACCAAAGAAGCGAAGAAAAUCAAGAACAGCAUUUACAAACCAACAAAUAUAUGAACUCGAAAAAAGAUUUUUAUACCAGAAGUAUUUAACACCGGCUGAUAGAGACGAAAUCGCUCAAACGCUUGGUUUGACAAAUGCACAAGUUAUAACAUGGUUUCAGAACAGGCGUGCAAAACUUAAACGUGAUCUCGAAGAGCUGAAAAAUGACGUAGUCCAUUCAAAGCUUGAAACAGAUGAAGAAACUCAUCAUGAUAGCGAUAUGGACAGUGAGUCUGAACCAUCUCCAGCCAAAUUAUCUAAGAGCUGUUUAGAAAGUGAUCAGGAAAGUUCCGAGAAGGAAAACACCUGUUUGUCGGACAGGGAGAAUAACAACUCAGACACAGAACAUGACGCAGUGACGUCAUAG